UUCAGAAAGAAAUCACACAACCCCAGCCAAAAAACCCUAGCACUGUAAGCCUACACCACCGCCGCAAGUAGUGGCAUACUGCCGCGUCCGUCGCACUCAAAGUUCGCCAUCCGUCCGUCUAUCUAGCUCCCCUCGUGAUCCAAGUCUUCAACUCCUGUUCGCUGUCACCGAUCGCGGCUGCUUCCUCGAGCUCGGCGUCCGUCGUCUUUGUCUGCUUAGCCGCGGUUGCGUCGCCGUUUGUUUGCCGUUCACGUUCGCGUCUUCGUUCAGCUGUCGUCUUCGUUCGCGUUCUUCGCCGUUAACGUUCGCUCGGCGUUCACUGUUCGCGUUCACUCGCCGUUCACCAUUCGAGUUCGCAUUCGUGUUCGUCUGGAAGCCACGUUGCUCUGCUUCAAACACUGCGACCAACCCGCGCGCUCCACCUUGCCGUCGAACUGCUCUCUUUUGUCGCCGCCACCGGUUAGACCAGUAAACCAAUGAACCAGUGACAAACGGUUUGACGACUGGUCCGGUUUUCAGAACCUUGCUCUUGACACAACCAACGGUGGAGCCACGAUUAAGGGAAGGGGUAUAUCCAAACCAAAAACCAAAACCAUAAUCCUCUUUAAGUUCCAACGUUAAUGUCAUCCAUAAACAUGAACAUACCGCUGUUGCACCCCAAAACCAGCACACCUCAUCAUUCACAGUUGCUCCUCACACAAAUCAGGACAUGCCAAAGCAUGCAAGAAUUGAAGCAAGUGCAUGCCUUUCUCAUCAAAACAGCACAAAACCAUGAACCUGUUGUGGCAACAGAGCUUCUCAGGCACUCUGCAACCUCUGAUUUUCGUGAUAUUGACUAUGCCCUCUCGUUGUUCGAUGAAAUGCCUGAACCAGAUUGCUUUGCCUGGAACACGUUGAUAAGAGCACUUGCUGAAACCCAUGAUAGGCUACUGCAUGCCUUGCUGUUUUUCUGCAAUAUGGUGUCUGAUGGGAUGGUGGAACCCAACAGGUUCACCUUCCCUUCUGUGUUGAAGGCUUGUUCAGUGUUGACCAGGUUGGAGGAAGGGAAGCAGGUUCAUGGUUUGGUUGUGAAGUUUGGAUUUUCUGGUGAUGAGUUUGUGGUUAGCAAUCUGCUAAGGAUGUAUGUGAUGUGCGGGAAUAUGGAGGAUUCCCAUGUUUUGUUUCGCAGGAGUGUUGAUGGUGUUGAUUAUAUGAACAAAGUGAUGAGGGAUAAGAGGAGGGAGGAGGGUAUUGUGGUUCUGUGCAAUGUGAUGGUUGAUGGGUAUGUGAGAGUUGGGAACCUUACGGUUGCUAGGGAGUUGUUUGACAGGAUGCAUAAAAGGAGUGUGGUUUCUUGGAAUGCAAUGAUUUCCGGCUAUGCACAAAAUGGGUAUUUUUUGGAGGCCAUAGAAUUGUUUCAUAGGAUGCAGAUGGAGGAUUUGCUCCCGAACCGGGUGACUUUGGUCAGCGUGUUGCCUGCAAUUUCACGGCUCGGGGCCAUUGAACUGGGGAAAUGGGUGCAUUUGUAUGCAGAGAGGAACAAGAUUAAGAUUGAUGACGCUCUUGGCUCUGCAUUAGUUGAUAUGUAUGCAAAGUGUGGGAGCAUUGGGAAGGCUGUUCAGGUCUUUGAGAGGCUGCCUAAGAGUAAUGUGAUAACAUGGAAUGCUAUACUCAGUGGUCUAGCCAUGCAUGGUAAAGCCAAGGACGUGUUUGAUUUUUUUGCGAGGAUGGAAAGAAGUGGCAUAUCCCCUAGUGAUGUAACAUACAUAGCCAUCUUGAGUGCUUGUAGCCAUGCAGGGUUAGUAGACAAGGGUAGAUCAUAUUUCAAUCAUAUGGUUAAUGUGGGGUUUGUGCCUCGGAUAGAGCACUAUGGAUGCAUGGUUGAUCUCUUGGGACGUGCUGGAUAUCUAGAAGAAGCCAAAGAACUUAUAUUGAACAUGCCAAUAAAAUCAGAUGAUGUGAUAUGGAAGGCUUUGCUUGGUGCUUGUAAGGUACAUAAGAAUGUUGAAAUUGGAAGGCGUGCAGCAGAGGUUUUAAUGCAAGUGGCUCCACACGAUAGUGGGGCAUAUGUGGCUAUCUCGAACAUAUAUGCCUCAUCUGGUGAUUGGGAUGCAGUUGCAGAGGUGAGGUUGAUGAUGAAAGACUUGGACAUAAGGAAAGACCCUGGAUGCAGUUGGAUCGAGAUUGAUGGUGUUAUUCAUGAGUUUCUUGUUGAAGAUGAUUCCCAUCCUAGUGCCAAAGAAAUACACUCAAUGUUGGAGGAAAUUUCGAACAAAUUAAAUUUUGAAGGUUAUAGGCCAGAUACCACACAAGUCUUGCUUAAGAUGGACGAGACACAUAAAGAAAGUGUGCUGCAUUACCACAGUGAGAAGAUUGCAGUUGCCUUUGGCUUAAUUAGUACAACACCAAAGACCCCACUUCAGAUUGUGAAAAACUUGCGAAUUUGUGAAGAUUGUCAUUCCUCCAUGAAAUUAAUAUCAAAGAUUUACAAUCGCAAGAUAACUAUCAGGGACAGGAAGCGGUUUCACCAUUUUGAGCAUGGUUCAUGUUCUUGUAUGGACUACUGGUAGUUGGUCAUUCUAUGGUGACUGCAACUAUAGGUUUUCGAUUGUUCUAACUGUUACUAACCUCCUUUGAGUGUCUUUGAAAAGCAAAGCCUUUGUAUUGGUGAGUAUAGUUGCUAGAAUUUGUACAUCAAAAGAUCCUUUUUAUUGUCCAUAAAGUAGAUGCCUUUUGCACAUAACUUGCUCAGACUGAUGUAAUCUCAAAUAUAUAAACCUCCCAAGUACUAUAGUUACUUUUUGUUUUUCAAAAUUUAGUUGGCAUUUACUGUAUAAAAUUCUUCUUAAGUUACAUGUAAACAAAUGAUCAUUACGGUCAUGGGAAUGUGCCUUAAAAGUGACUUUGAGAGAACUUUUGUCAUAACUGAGCUGUUUUCAAGUACAUUCUUGUGCAGAGAUUAAUAAUUUUGGAGGAGAGGUUUUCCAAUCAGCAUCGAAGGUAAUUUCCUUAGAACCACUUUUGAGAGGGGAACACACCUCAAGGUUCCCAUCCAAGCUGCAGCUCUACCAUUUUUGUCACACCGGUAGUCUGUAGCUCCAAUCACUGCUCAUGCAUAAUGUUCCUUAUUCAUAAAACACUGAAACAAACACCUUCCCUUGAUGAAAUGCCAAACCAUCUUACUCACUCCAUUACUUAAACUAUUCCAUCCAUAAGAUAAAUCCUAAUACCUUAGUAUUAUGGCUGCUUGCACAACCCUUAUCAUGGCUCACUUCAACCAAGUUCCAUUGGCUGCUGGAGAUUCCAUUGCCAUUUUCUCUUCAUUGAAUAUAAGAGCCGCUAUUUUAAGCAGGAACAGCAGCAAGAAACUUCCUAUCACAUAUAAGUCCCCAUUCAGCUACCGUGGAGCUUCUAUCUCCACCAACCCAUUCCCAGCUCCCAGGCACCAAACCACAAACAGAACCGCCACGGCCGUCAGCGCAGUACACCCCAUUCUUGCACCUCCGAUGUGGCUGUGCAUCACUGAAGAUUGUCACCAAUGUGCUCUGUGCAUCAAAUAUCCAUGCAAAUGAAACCAUGGUUAUCAAACUCGCGAGUUAACUCGUAAACUCGUACGAGUUUACGAGUUUAGGUAGUGGAAUCGAGUUGACUCGGACACAAACUCGUUUCUGGGUAGACUCGGCUAGACUCGGCUAGACUCGGACAGAAUCGCUCAAACUCGCGAGUUUACUAGCGAGUCAGCGAGUUUGAAUUGGGUACCCAUUUUCGCCAAAAUGGCGUCGUUUUGAGCCCAAAAAAAAAAAAAAACAAAAACAACUACAGCUAACUAAACCACUAACCCAGUAACCCUAAUUCGAAAACGGCGCCCUCACUCUCCACCACCACCAAGCCCUCACUCUCUUCUUCUUCUCCGACGUUUGCUGAGGCCGCCACCAUCCACCGGCACCGUUGUCUGCGCCGCCACGCAGAGGGCGGACGGAUCCCUCAUCCCUCGCCUGUCGCCUCGCCUAACCACUACCAGUUUUCCUCGUGGAGUCGUGGUAUAUCGCCAACACCACCCACCAGCCCACCACCCCUAUCGUUCAUGUCCUGAUGUCCUGAACUGGUGAAGGUUCUUCGUGCCACAGCCUACAUCGCCGACACCAGCCCACCACCCACGUCGGAGAACUCGAUGAUUCAUAGCACGCUGUUCAUCACCGCCCCUGUUCUGCGUUCGUCGGCCGUCGCCCCUGUUCUGCGAUCUACUUCCAAUUUUACUUCUGCUUCACUGCGUUUGCCUCCCGACCUCCCCUGUUCGUCGCCCCUGUUCUGCACUGCCAAUCUACUUCAAUUCUGUCCCUGUUCUCAAAGGGAUAAAAAUACAAAAUGUCUGAGAAUGUUUCUGAUGAAGAUGGUGAAGAUGGUGAAGAUUAUGAUGCUGGUGCCAUAGAAGAUGAAGAAAUUGGAGUAUUUGAGUUUUCGACUUUAUUUUGUUGUUUUCUUUUGUUUUUUGGUUGUGUCUUAACUCUUAUGAAGUUUUGAUUGUGUGGUUGUGUGUUUUAUGUUGAACUAGAUACAUACUUGUGAAGGAUUUAAAUGUGUGAUCUAGAGCACUUGUUGUAACUUGUAAAUUUGUAAUUGUAGUAUUAUGUUAAUUUAUUAUGUGUUUUGAUGUUGAAAUUGUUAAGUUUGAAUGUCUAUAUCUGAGUAAAUAUAUAUAUAUUAUACAUGAUAUAUAUUUUUUUUUAUAAAAAAUGUAUAACAGGUAAACUCGUACGAGUCUACGAGUCGAGUCUACGAGUCGAGUCUAGGUCAGCUCCACGAGUUUACCUAGACUCGCGAGUUUGACAACCUUGAAUGAAACCACAAGCACAUGCAAGAUUUGGGAUAAUCCAAGUGAGCCUACAUAACCUUCCACAACUUCAUCCACAGUUAGCUCAAGUUUUGUGCCUUCUUCACUUUCCGCCAGGGUUGUGCCUCUUCUUCCAUGACUCUCUUUUGAUUGAUCCUCUUCCAUGAUGCUUCCUACAAUAAUCAAAACACAAUGGAAAUUUUUUUAUUAUUAUUAGUGCCUAUUGUUUUGCUCCCU